UCUGACCUAGUCUUCAUUGGAAAUUGGUUCCUAGCCAGGAAUUAAGAUGGCAACCCUUGUGACCCGUAAAGAUAUCCCCCCGUGGGUGAAAGUUCCUGAAGACCUGAACGAUCCAGAAGUAUUCCAAGUCCACACGCUGGUGCUAAAAUCUCUGUUUGGCCCACAGGGAUCUCGAAUGCAUCACAUCGAGCAGGUGAGCCAGGCCAUGUUUGAACUGAAGAUUCUGGAAUCUUCCGGACUUACGGAGGUCUUAAUUUAUGGCUCUUGCAACCACAAGCUUCGGGCUAAAUGGAUGCUUCAGUCCAUGGCUGAGAGGUACCGCCUGCGCCAGGAAAGAGGAAUGCUCAACCUGGAGGAAGCCAUGAAGACCCUGGAACUGGGCCAGUGUUUGGAGUGAAGCCAGUUUCCAGUCAGAAUGACUCCCACCUGCACACACACAGAUUGAGCCGUGGCUGGUGUUUAGUUCUGGCGUGGUUUUUAACUACGUUAUAUCCUGUACAGUCUAACGAGAUAUUCCUGGAUCCCCGCUGUGAGUUCUGAUGAGAAUAUCUCUUUUUCCA